UACGUAUAUUUACGUAAUGUACAUUUACAUAUUGUGAAGUUUUGAUUUCAAUUCGGGAAACAGUUGAAAAAUGUAGGAAAUUGAAUAUUAUUAGGGCUAGGAUUUAUAUGCAAAUGCAUAUCUGUUUUGGCUGUACUAGAUACCGCAUAUCACUGUUUCUUUUGCGAUUCAUACAUUUCUGAGACGAAUGGUGAAAUUUUUUAGCGCAUAUUUCCGCAUAUUUUGGGUAUAAAUGCAUAUAUUCGCAUAUUUUCAUCAAAAAAUGCUGUUAUAGCGCAUAUUCAUCGCAUAUUCUGAGUUGUUAGCGCAUAUUUCGGAAAAAAACACAAAAAUUGAUUUAAAAAACGCAAAAUUAAAAAAAAAAUCAUCGAUUUUUCAAAGUUGAAAAAAAAAAUUGAAAAAAUAAAAACAUGGUUUAAUUUUUAUCUGUGACCUGACCAGUGUUUGAAUUUUGAUACGUUCGGGCGGUUGUCGUGUACUACUGCGUUCUCCUUCUCAACGUUUUCUCUGUGAAGGUGAAGUGAUAUCAACAGAUGGCUGUUAUCUGUACCAUUUUCACCUGGUUUUCGAUUUCGCGUCUUCAUUUACUCGUACCUUUACCUGAGCUGUUACACCGCAGGUGGUAGUUUUUUAACCAUUUUAUUCUUCAAACAUUGCGUUCCCCCAUCUCCUCUCAUCAUCAUGGGAAGAUCUAAAAAAUCAACGUCGGGAAAAUUACGCGCACUUGCGGUGGAGUUUAAAGAAGACUCUUUAGAGUAUGAAAAUAACACGCUUUCGUGUCUUUGUUGUGGCGUUCGCCUUGGUAUGGAUUCAGACUCCGAAGUAAGACGAUUUAUAACUGUGCAGCAUUUGGGCACGCCAAAGCAUAAAAAUGCAAUCGAAUUGUACAAUAGUCAACAAAAAUUGAACUUCGAAAAAGAUACUUUCUCUUUAGAUAUAUGUCAAGCGUUUGUUGCGGCAGAUAUUCCUAUUUAUAAGUUAAAUCAUCCGGUAUUACGAGAGUGCUGGGAAAAAUACUGUGGACGUAAGCUCCCAGAUCAAUCAACGAUUCGUAAAAAUUAUUUGAAUGAAACUUUCGAGGCAACAAUGGAGUGUAUUAGACAGGAGAUAGGAGAUAGUAAUAUAUGGGUUUCGAUUGAUGAGACUACUGAUUCGAUGGGAAGAUAUAUUGCAAACGUGAUUAUUGGAAAGUUAAAUGGCACUGAAUCAGGUCGACCGUUGUUGUUAAAUGUAGUACAGUUACAAAAGGCAAAUUUUCAGACCAUUGCAGCCUUAUUCAACGAUAGUAUGAGUCUUCUGUGGCCUCGAAGUGUCGAUCAUUCCAAAGUACUGUUGUUUAUUUCGGAUGCUGCUCCAUAUAUGGUAAAAGCAGGCAAAACUCUCAAGACUUUUUAUCAUCGGAUGUCGCAUAUAACUUGCUUAGCCCAUGGACUACAUAGAAUUGCAGAAGCUGUUCGUACUAAGUACAAAGUGGUCGAUAAAUUUAUAGGAUCGAUGAAGAAAAUCUUUUUAAAAGCACCUGCAAGAGUUACAGCUUUCAAGGAACAAUUUCCUGAUCUAUCCUUACCACCAAAGCCUGUAUUAACAAGAUGGGGUACCUGGCUUACUACUGUUUCGUAUUAUGCUGACAAUUUGAAUAAAAUUGCUCAAUUCGUACUGUCUUUGAAUGACGAUGACUCGUCUGCCGUUAGAGAAGUACAGACGUUACUUGAAAAAAAGAGAGCGAAAUUGACGAUGGAUAUUACUGAAAUCCAACAGUAUUAUGCUGGAAUCGCUGAUACUAUUACUCAACUGGAAACGAAAGGUCAGCCAUUAGUCAGGUCGCUGGAAUUGUGGCAAGAUGCCAUAGAUAUGCUGUGUAAUUCACCUCAUCAAGUGAUCGCCGAAAAAGCCCUGUCGGUAUUGAAUAAGAAUCGUGAUUUGCCAAAAAUAGUGAAACUUUCCAGAAAUGAUCCCUCGUUAUUGGAUCAGUUACCAUUUACAGAUAUGUCGCCAACUGAACUGGCCUCUUUUAGAUUUGCACCUGUAGUUUCCGUGGAUGUAGAACGCUCAUUUAGCACAUUGAAAAGUGUGCUCAGAGAUAACCGGAAAUCGUUUUUAAUUGAGAAUCUUAAAGAGCAUUUGAUCAUCGGAUGUUACACGAAUGUUUGAGUUAUUUAGAUUUGUAAAAAGAAAAUUAUUGAGAAGUGUGUUCAGAGACUACCGGAAAUCGUUUUUUAAUUGACAAGAACAUUUGAUAAUCGGAUGUUAAUCCAAUGUUUGAUAUUUGCAUUUGUGAAAAGAAAGUGCUGUUUUAUGAAAUAAAUCUGAAUGCGUGUA